CAGAGCUCGCAGUGUUUUGGGCAGAGGGAGAGGGGAUGGGUGCGGGGGAUCACGCGUGGAUAACGGGCUGGGGCUUUGGGCUCCAGCACAGCGGAACACAGCCUGACUGCACCCUCAGAGUGGAUCAGGUUGAAGAUGGCAGCCAUGCGUACUUCACCGGUUUGCGUGAGGAUGAUGAGAUAAUGUCUGUGAAUGGACAGCUGUGUUCCAGCCUCAGCCUUUCAGAGGUUGUUGCUCUUAUUCAAGCCUCCAAUGAUGGUCUGGAACUACUGGUGAAAAGAUGCUGUUAUCAAGGAAGCUUUCAAACGGUUAGCACCACUCUGCGGAUCCCACCGCCACACAGGCCUCAUGCUCUGAAGGAACUUUACAUCUCCGAAUCACAAGAUGAAGCAUUUAACGAGGAGACAGACAGUGAAGCUGAAAGCCCUGGACGGAGCCCUAAGGUCAGAACCCAGUUUUGCAUUCCAGCUCCAAAGGACAGAAUUGGAGCAAACCCCCAAAUCUCUGGAGGUGGAGGAGGAACCAGGUUAGAAAUCACUCCAGGAUCUGUAGUGGAGUUGCAACUGUCGCUGUCUCAGACCACCCUGGAGGACGUGGGCUGCACCUCACUGGGCAGUGCUCGUGGAUUCGAGGGAGAGUUGUACCAGAAAAAAAUCACUGAGGAGGACAGCACUACCACUAGCAGCGCACCGGGCUGCACCUUCUACAUCCCUCGCCACGAGAGAGAGCCUCUGGGUCAGCGAGGCGUACUGAUCAGCGCUUCAGCUGCUCUGCGUGGACAGGUAGAGGUGACCACACAGUCGACAGGGAGGGGCUCUGGAGGGGAAAGGGUGGGGUCUGGUGAGACAGAAGCAAAAGCCAGUGAUCAGCCAGUGGAUUAUGGUGAGGGAGAAGGAGGGCGUACUGAGGAAGCCCCCACCUCCUCUUGUAUCUCCUUUGGAAUUCCAUCAGAAGAGGGGGACUCUGAGUCGGAGAGGGAGCUCAACCAGCCCAACAAGCACCGGGCAAGGCACGCCAGGCUCCGGCGGAGUGAGAGCCUGUCUGAGAAGCAGGUGAAAGAGGCCAAGUCUAAAUGUAAGCGCAUUGCUCUUCUCCUCACUGCUGCUGCCCCCAACCCCAAUAAUAAGGGGGUGUUGAUGUUCAAGAAGCAUAGACAGAGGGCCAAGCAGUACACACUCGUUAGCUACGGAACUGGAGAGAACGAACCAGAGUUCCAGGACGAGGAGGACGAAGACGACGACAACAAGGAGACGCAUGCUGUUGAAUUUACAGUUCUAGCCACAAGUGAAACUGAACUUGAUGAGGAUUUCUUCACAAAUCCCCCAGGCCACAAAAGCAUUGUGACCUUUGACUGGGACACUGGACUACUGGAGAUCGAGCGCAAGCUUCAAAACCCAGAAGAUAUGAAUGCACUUCCUGAAACGAAAGGUAAAGGAGCCCUGAUGUUUGCCCAGCGCAAACAACGUAUGGAUGAAAUUGCAGCUGAACACGAAGAGUUGAGAAAUAAGGGAAUCCCGGUCGAAGGAAUUCAGGAGGCUGAGAAGCGUUAUCAACAGGUGGAACAACACUCUUACAUCCAGGCUACUGACAGCCAGAAUUACAUGGAUGUAAACAUGCACCACCAACAGCAGCAGCAGCAGCAGUACCAGCAAUACCAAGAACAAUAUUAUCAGCAGCAGCAACAGCAGCAACAAUAUCAAGAAUACCAGCAGCAGUUGCAGUAUCAGCAACAGCAUUACCAGCAACAGCAAGAGUACCAGGAACAGCAUUAUCAGCAACAGCAAGAGUACCAACAACAGCAGCAGUACCAUCAGUCUCAACAGUAUCACCAAUCUCAAGAGUAUCAACAGCAGCAGCAAGUGCAACAGUAUGCGCAACAUAUGAAUGGUAUGUCCAGCCAAACCAAUGCAAUGCAGUCAUCAGUCAUGAAUAGAAGUGCCAAGCCAUUCUCUGUGCAGAAUCAGGCAGCGGCUCCAUUUACCCCACCAUCUAGUCAGGAGCAACCCUGCUAUUCAGCUGGACAGGGUGAACAAAUUGCUUCGCGCGAUGAGAGAAUAUCUGUACCAGCGAUCAAGACAGGGAUCUUGCAAGAUACCAGAUGGAAGAACAAAGCUAAGCCAAUGUUCACUUUCAAAGAGUCUCCAAAAGUUUCCCCGAAUCCAGAGCUGUUAAAUCUCCUUAACAGGGGUGACAGGAAGGCAGGCUUUGAGUCUGGUCCAGAGGAGGAUUACCUAAGUUUGGGGGCAGAAGCCUGCAACUUUUUGCAGUCCCCUAAAGUGAAGCACAAAAUCCCACCACCAGUCGCUCCCAAGCCACACAUAAACCCUGCCUCUCCACCAUGGUCACCACAACCAGAAAUCCCAAGCCAGCAGUUCCCUCAGCAUGCUGAAAAUAACGUCCCAGCAACUGCUGAGGCUCUUGGGCCUGAAGCCGACACUGCCCCUGAAAUGGAGUCCUCGGCCAUACCACAGCAAGAACCCUCCCCCACACCUGCCCCUGAACUACAGGAAGCUCUCCAUAACCCCCCUUCACAGGAACAGCAAGAAGAAGUUGAUACAUGGAGUGCACCUGAACAACAAAUGCAACCAGAUCAGCAAAAAGAGCCCUGGAAUGAAAAUCAACCCCAGCAGCACAUGAACAACCAUCACCCUGUCCAACCAUCACCUCCAGUACAAGCAAAGCCAGAGCCACCUGUAAGCUCUUGGGGUCCAUCUUCAACUCAGGCCCCACAGCAGCCCCCUGUUAGUGCUUGGGGUACACCUGAGGUUCAGUCGCAAUCUAUUGCACAGACUCAACCGCACAUGCAGCUACCUUGGGUAACACAACCACAAGCCCUUCCAAAAGUGCAACAGUCAUCAUCUGUUCAUACUCAGUCGCAACUCCAACCUCCUUGGGUGACACAGAGUCCACCCCAACCCCAUCCUCAAGCCCAUCCUCAAGCUCAUCCUCAAGCUCAUCCUCAAGCUCAACCUCAAGCUCAUCCUCAAGCUCCACCUCAAGCUCAUCCUCAAGCCCAAGCUCAACCUCAAGCCCAGCCUCAACCUCAAAUUAAUUCUUGGGCCUCAGUUCCAACUCAGUCUCCACCUCAGCCUCCAUGGGCUCAAUCCCAAGCGCCAACACAGCCACCUAUUGGUGCUUGGUCUCAAGAUUUAAAUCAGACCCAAGUUCAGCCCCCCUGGAUGCCACAACAACAGGAAUCCCAGCCAGUACCACCUUGGGCAGCCCCUCAACAACAAGUCCAGCCCCCAUGGGCCCAAACCCAGGGUCAGUCACAGCCGCAACCACCCUGGGCAUCUCAGGCUCCACAGCAAACUCUACCACAGCCACCUGCAAAUGCUUGGACCCAACCUCAGAGUCCAGUACAAGCCCAGCCUCCAUGGGUUCAGCAGGCUCAACCACCAACGCAGCCACCAGCACAGAUGCAGCAACCCCAGGGUCCUUGGGCCUCAGGACCUAACCAGUCACAACCACCACCACAAUGGUCUCAACAGCCUCAAGAUCAUCCGCAGCAAACGAUGAACUCAUGGGCACCAGAACAGAACCAAGUACAGCCACCUUGGACUCAGCCACAGCACCCAGCUCAGGCACAGCCACCAUGGGUUCAUCAACCUCAGCAUGAGCAACCACCACAGUCUCAGAAUCAAACUGGUUUGAGUACUUGGGCACCACGUCCUCAGCAAGGUCCAGUCAGUAACACAGCACCUGCUGAACCUCAAAAGCUUCCUCCAUCAGCCAAACCAUGGAGUCCACCUCAGACCACUCAGCCACGCCCCCUACAGAGAAUGGGCUCAUACACAAUUGGAACAAAGGUACCAUCCCCCACUCCAACAAGCAGGACAAUUUCCCCCACUGGAAUGGGUUCAGCGUUCGAGAUGCCAGCCCUGCGAGGGAAGGGAGCUGAACUUUUUGCUAAAAGGCAGUCCAGAAUGGAGAAGUAUGUGGUGGAUGCUGAAACAGUGCAAGCAAACAAGGCAAGACCUUCUUCACCUUCACCUUCUUUGCCAACCACUUGGAAAUAUUCGCCUAAUUGCCGUGCUCCUCCACCAUUGGCGUACAACCCACUUCAGUGUCCCACAUAUCCACCAGGUGCUAUCAAACAACCUCCCUCUUCUAGCCCUUCUAUAAAGAACAAAAAUAAGAACAAAGAGAAAGAAAAACCUGCCCCAAAACCCCUUCAUGUUCUGGAUGUCAUGAAGCAUCAGCCUUACCAGUUAGAUUCCUCUCUUUUUACUUAUGGGCCAGCAGCAGAGAAACUUGCUGCAGAAAGGGAGGCGGCUGAAAAGCUUGAGGCUCAGAGAGUGGCUGAAGCCCAGGCUCAAGCCCAGGCUCAAGCUCAAGCACAGGCUCAAGCACAGGCUCAGGCUCAAGCUUAUAUGCAAGUUGCUGGUCUGCCAAACCAAAACCAGCAUUUGCAAUAUGAUCAAGCUGUCCCCUAUGGUUUCAUACCACAGCAUCCCGAUCCAUCCCAACACCCCUAUGGUAUGCCUGGUCCCUCACCUUCUAUACAAGAUGGCCCUUAUCACCAUGCUCCUCCUAACAGCUAUCAGCCUCCCCCUAAUGCUUAUCAACAAGGUCCUUAUCAACAAAUGUAUAAUCCCCAGCAUCCUUACCAACAGCCUCCUUCAAAUAUGUACCAGCAAGCCCCAAGUCCCCCUUACCAGCAGCCCCCUCCAUAUCAAACCAACCCAAAUCCAACCUAUCCAGCUGCACCAGCACCAAGCUAUCAACCAGCUUCUAAUUCUUAUGUGGCACCUACGUUCCCAGUAGCACCAAGAGCAGAUUCUGCUUCAGGAAACAAUAUCCUUAAUGCUCCGAAACCUAAGUUCUCUGCCAAAAAAAGUGCUGCACAGGUUUGGAAGCCUAGUGCUGUUGAAAAUGCUGACAAAUAAUGUAUAGCUAGGAUUGAAAGCUGUAUAUAAGAAGUUUGACAAAUUUGCAGAAAAUACAUCAUAUAUACACAAUUAUAUA